GUCAUAUUUGACUUUUGUCAUGUUGGAACUACAGGAAUUGUUAUAGUUUAGGAUGUGAAUUAUUGUUGUUUUUCACUUUAUUACAACAUAUUUGCCGUGUAUUAUUUAAAUAUACAAACACAUGUUUUUCCAUACAUCUCCUAGGUAGUGUCCACUGCAGUUAACAGACCCAUUGUAUAGGUAUUUUAGAUGUUAUAAGUGAGAAUGGCCCGUAACAGAUGCGAUGGGCUUCUAGCCCGAGUUGAUUUCCCUCUUUAUACUUUACAAACGCUGACUAAUCGUCAUGUUCUGGUGGCCGGGGGUGGAGGAGCAUCCAACACGGGCGUUGCCAAUGGUUUUGAGAUAUUUGAAAUAUCACACAAUGGGACAAGAUUUGUUGCUGAAGAGGUGAUGCGGCAUGAGACAGGACCCAAUGUGGUGAUGACAUGCUCUGUGAACAACACACAGAACCGUAUGUACCUGACAGCGGGGCAGGAGAGCCACUGUCAGUUGUACAAGGUGAAUAUACGCAUGGUGGAUCCUGCAGAGAUGAGACGAGGUAGUUUCCGAGCCGAGAAUGGUCUUGUGAGGAGAAGGAGACGUACUGUGUCAGAGAAUGAUAACAUAUCGAGGACAGACAGUAAUAGUAAUACAACUGAGAAAAGAAUGUCUUUCGAGAUACGACCUACAGAUAGUGUACAGACAGAUUUUGGUAAUGAUCCCCUGCAAAGGGUCGUGCGGAUCAGCCACAGCGGCAAGCUGAUGGCGACCGGCGGGAUGGACACCAAAGUCAGGCUGUGGAGCUUCCCGCGGAUGGAGCUACUGUUUGUUCUGGAAGGCCACAGUAAAGAGUUGGACGAUUUGGACUUCAGUCCUUGCGACAAGCAGCUGGUGAGCAUCGGCAAGGACGGAAUCGCCAACAUCUGGUCGACGGCGCACCGCGGCGAGCCCCUGCGCAGGAUCACGUGCCAGCCGCCCAACGGCAACAAAUAUCUGUUCAGGAGGUGCAGAUUCGGCCUAAACGAAGACAAGAAGGGUGCCCACCGGAUGUUCACGAUCGCCAACCCAUUGGCCAGGUCGGGCAAGCAGAAGGGGCUGCUGCAGCUGUGGGAGCCCGCGGGCGGCGCGCUGGUGAAGUCCGUCGUCGUCAAUGAGUCUCUGUCCGCGCUCGCCGUGCGCGACGACGGCCGGUUUGUGGGCGUCGGGACCAUGUUUAGCGGAUCUGUUGAUAUCUACGUGGCUUUCAGUUUGCAGCGCGUGCUGCACGUGAAGAACGCGCACAUGAUGUUCGUGACGGGCGUGGAGUUCGUGCCCGCGCGCGGCGUGCGCACGCGCAGCGAGGCCGCGCUGCUCUCCAUCUCCGUCGACAACUGUCUGUGCGUGCACAGCCUGCCUUAUAACAGCACCGUGCCCGCCUGGGUCGCCGUGGUACUCAUCAUCUUCGUGCUGUUUUGUACGUUCACUUUAUGUUCAUAUCUAGGCAUUUAACCUUAUAUAAUUAUUAUAUAAAUAAAUCUUCUAUCACUUUCGUGCUCGGAUCUUGCGCCAAUAAAUUUUGUUCGGCACUUCAAAUUACGAAAUUUAUAUAAAAGUUUAAAAAAUGGCGCAAUUUUAUAAAUAAUUUAUGGUUUAAGUUGUUUUCACUGUAAGUACCUUGGGUUAUGUUUAGGGUAAAUUAUGAAUAUAGUUAAUUAUGCUCAUAUACAUAUUGUAUGUAUAAAUGAAUAGGAUCAAUUGAAUUAAAUGAAGUGCAAUGUUUAA